GCUAACUGAGCUAACUGCUAACUCAGCUAACUGAGCUAAAUGCUAACUCAGCUAACUGAGCUAACUGCUAACUCAGCUGCUAACUCAGCUAACUGAGCUAACUGCUAACUCAGCUAACUGCUAUUGGAGACAAGCAGCUGUUUCAGUUCAGAUCAUUCUGUUAGUACUGCUCUGUGUACUCUAUGCAGUACUCUGUGUACUUCUGGUGUAGUGUUGUUCUUUGCUGACCUGCAGCUGUGCUGAGCAUCAACAUCCGUCCAGCAUACAUUUGUAUAUUAAGACGUUCAGCUCCAGCAGCUUCAUCAGUCGCCUCCACCUUCAACUACGGAGACAAAACGGUGUCCACUGAGGACGAGAAGAGUCCAACGCUCCCAGCACACUGACUGUAGACAGAACUGAGACUCAGAGACAAACAAAUAUAAACAGCUGACUCACAUCCCACAAAGCAUCAUGGGAACUGUAGUUCUAAAAGUUGGAAUUCGAUGAGCGAUCAGACAAUGAUCAAUCAUCUAAUCAAUCGAUCAGACGUUGAUUAGACGAUCGCCUGACGCCUGAUCGAUCGAUCAUCAAUCGUCGUGGGUUUUCUUCUCAAAUGUUUCCAGUGAUUUUAUGAUCGAACGUUUUGAACUUUUUUCUCUCAAAUUUUAAAUCUGAAACGAGCCAUCAUGAAAACUUUGAUUCAUUCUGUCACAUGAUCACCUGAUCACCUGAUCACAUGAAGGGCUCCUGAUGAUUUCAAUGAUUUGUGUGUAAAUAUCUGUAAAAAGAGAAGAAGAUAUUUUAUGUGAUGAAGUGCCUUUAUUUUUUACUGAAAUCUGUUUGACGUGUAAAAAAAAUAAAAUGUGUCCUGACGUAUUUUUAUUUAUAUUUGUAUAUUUUUAUAUAAUUAUAUACAAAUAUGAAAAAACAGGUUCACUGUAACAGGAAACAGAACAUCGUGUUCGUGAUGUUUAUCUUGAUGUGACGAUAAGACCAGGACCUGAUAGGACGGCCUCGGGCCAGAACAGGUUUGAGGAAACACACCUGUUGGCAGCAGGGCGGCAUUCCUGUGGGCAGGUGAGUCAGAGGGCGGGGCUUCAGGUGGCUGUAACAAACACCUGAUUGGUGACAGACGUCAGAAGAUGGAGCUCAGUCUGUGUUUCUGCAUCGCUGCUGCGCUCGGGUCAAUCUUCACGGUCCUGUGGAGCCUCUCAGAGGGUCACCGGGUCGGACCCGGCGCCGCCGCCCUCAUCGGGACCUCCGCUUGCUUCAUGGUUCCUCCAGGUGUGUGUGGCGGGGUCCUCCUCAUCCUCAGCUUCAUCCUCCUCACCUGUGUGACGAAGACGAAGGUCCAACUGCUGCCGACGAAGGACAGAGCGGUGCUGGUGACAGGUUGUGAUUCUGGUUUCGGUCUGGCUCUGGUGAAGCAGCUCAGCGGACUCGGGCUGACAGUGUUUGCUGGAGUUCUGGAUGUGAACGGAUCCGGAGCUCAGCAGCUCCGAGAGCAAGGUUCUGAAAAGCUUCAGGUCGUCCAACUUGACGUGACCGACAGCGCCCAGAUCGAGACCGUACACCACUACAUCAGAACACAGGUGUCCGACACAGGUCUCUGGGGUUUGGUGAAUAACGCCGGAGUCCUCGGCUCCCCCGCGGAUGCCGAGCUCCAACCCAUCGCGGUGUACAGACGCUGCAUGGAUGUGAACUUCCUGUCUGCGGUGAAGAUGAGUCAGGUGUUCCUCCCUCUGCUGAGGAGGUCCAGAGGACGCAUCGUCAACGUGUCCAGCUUGGCAGGUGACGUCCCGUUGCCGAUGUUUGCUGCGUACGGCGCCUCGAAGGCGGCGCUCAGCAUCUUCUCUCGGGUCAUGAGGUUGGAGCUGUCAGCGUGGGGCGUUCACGUGUCGCUCAUCCAACCCGCGGGCUUCAGAACCAACCUCUUCGGUAACGCUGAUGACGUCGCUCGCUUCAGAGACGAGAUCCUGGCAUCCGUCUGCUCUGAAGCCAGAGAGGAUUAUGGGACGGCGUACAUCAUGUCUCUGCCGAGCAGUCUGUCCAAAAUGUCCGGUGACUGCGCCGAGGAUCUGUCCCCCGUGGUGGACGCCAUGUGUCACGCUCUGAUGUCACCUCGUCCACGCUCCUUGUAUGCGCCCGGACAGAUGGGAUGGCUCCUCCCCUUUCUGCACCGCCACUUUCCCGCCUUCGUGUUUGACGCCGCCAUCACGAGCCUCAUCAAACAUGACGUGUGUCCGGCGGGCCUCAGCAGGAGCUGAGCAUCAUGGGAGGACGAGGCGCCUCAGAGGGAUGACAUCACAGUGUGAGGUCAGCGUGAUGUCACAGUUCAGAUGAAGUGAUGCAGUGUGAUGUCAUCAACUGUAAGAAAUCAAAUCAAAUCUGAAUAAAGUUUAAACACAAACGUUAAACAAACGUUCCUGAACUUGUUCUGCUGAGAUCAGACGUCUUCCCCUCUGUGCAGGUUCCCACAGGAACAGGAAACAGAUCCACGGA